AUGUCUCCAUCAGUGAAAUCAAAAUCCAAGUCCCAGGAGAAGGCCUCUGCAAGGGCUGGUAAGGAGCAGCAGAAGACUUCUCCAAAGACUUCCGUGUCUCCUACACAUGGAAGUGACAUUCUUGCUAGUGCACACAAUCCCAUCUUGGGAACAUUUCAAACUCCAGAAACAUCAUUGGUUGCUUCUUCUACUCGAGUCCAUGACAACAGUCAUUUUCUGAAAGUAGAUGAUGCAGACGAGCAUUCUAGUAGUCCUCAAGGAGCAGUGUCUGAGUGUGAUACAGUUUCUAUCAAUGGAAGCUGCUCUGGUGACUCAGAAGAGUCUAAAGAGAAGGUAGUGGUAACAGUCUCUUCUACUCGACCGGAUAGCGUACCUGGCUGUGAUAAUGACAGAAGGGAGAAAAUACGUUUGAAGAACGAGAGGAAACACCAGAGGCAGAGGGAAAGGAGAGCUCAAGAGUUGCAUGACCGAUGUCGUGGGUACCUAUUGUCAAGAAAGCUAGAAUCACUUGCACAGCAAUUAGUGGCAAUGGGGUUCUCUUCUGAACGAGCAACACUGGCCUUAAUGUUAAACGAUGGAAAAUUAGAGCAAUCAGUAUCCUGGCUAUUUGAAGCCAAUGAAGAACAAUCACAAACUAAGGAUACUACUAGCCUUGUGAGCGAGGGUAAUUUGAAAAUUGACAUAAGGGACGAGCUUGCUCAGAUUUCUGCCUUGGAGGUGAAGUACAAUUGUUCAAAGCAAGAGGUAGAAAGGGCAAUUGUUGCCUGUGAAGGUGAUCUUCAAAAGGCGGAAAAUACCUUAAAAACACAGAAGCAAGAAUAUACAGGGUCCCAAUCAAAGUCCGAAGAUUCUGCACAGAACAAUAAUAGUCUGGUGAGAGGAUUACCGGCAAUGUCAGUUUCUAUGCAGCAGAGAGGGAAUGAAAGUGAUUUUAACCAUUACAGCAAGGAAGGUGGUUCUGAUUCUAUGUUCCCAGAUCUUGAAAUCGGGAAUGUACAGUCUCUACAACCGAAUCAUCCAAAUGUAAUGACAGAGAAAAGAUGGAAUGGUGUUCCAGGAUCAAGCCCUUCUUCUGCUAUGUUAACCAUGGCACCAUCCAUGCAAUCAGUGUCCCCAUCGGUUAAAAUGGAGGGUGGCCGGCCUAUUGGCAUUACAAACGAAGGAAGAAUGAUUCAUCAAGGACUAGGAAGGGAGCCGAUAAUGAUGCAACAUCUACAAUUCACAAAUGCCAAACAGAACUCUAUGGUUUCUUUAAAUUCCUUUCCAUCAGGAGCAGCAGGGUGGUAUGUAAAUAGCAUUCCAGGUGUUGAAAAUGUGAGGUCAAAUGGGAAGUUACUACAAACUCAAAGUGUAAGAAGUGUUAGUCCAAAUCAUUUGGAGCAAUUUUGUCAAGCUCCUUACAAAGAAUAUUCUCAUUUCUUUGGACCAGUAGAUUACUCAUCUGCUGGGGUGGGUGGUUUCUGCAAGCCAAUGGGUGCAUCAUCAUCACCUUCACCUUCCAUUCCCCCUCGUCAUCAAGGUUCAUGGAGCUCGAAUGCGCCUUCACCUGCGCUUGCAGUGCCAACCUCCCUUGGACUAUUUUCUGGUCAUCAGAAUGCAGCCAGAACAUUCAACUCACAUUCACACAUGGAUUGGAAUACUGGGGGCUUAAUGCCAGAAUUUGAUUACACCAGCAUAGAUUGGAGUUUGAAUGUGCCAUCUUCUUCGGGUGGACCGUGUCUAGGGAUCUCUUCAUUGUUGAGAAACAGUUACGGAAAUAGGAGAAUCAGUCCCUGCAUGGGUGGAUUGCAAAAUGUUGGCAUGGCUAGGGAAACUUCAUCAUCUGCUGGAUUGAGAGAGUGGACCUCUCCUUUUGCUGGGAAGGACUUAUUCAGUGUUCCUAGGCAGUUUGUUACCUCUCCUCCUAUGUAG